AUGGCUGAUGAAAGUUCUAAAAAAGAUCCGGCAUGGAAAUAUGGUCGAUUGCAAAAUGAACAAGAUAUAAAUACGUUUGUCUGUGGAUUUUGUUUGAAAGUAACAAAAGGAGGGGUGUAUCGAUUGAAACAACACCUCGUUGGUGGUUAUAGAAAUGCCAUAGCUUGUAAAAAAUGUCCGGAUCAUGUAAAGGAAGAAAUUAGAGAUUACAUGUCCAAGAAAAAGGAGAUCAAAGAACAAAGAAAUUUGAUUGUGGACAUUGAUGUACAAGAUUACGGUAUGGAGGAUGAAGAUGAAGGGAGUAUUAGUGUAAAUAACAGAGCAACAUCAAGUGGCUCGAGCUUGAAGAAGCCAAGACAAAAGGGUCCAAUGGAUGCAUUUUUUACUCCCAAUCCAGAAAGUGUGGUUCAAAAUAGAAAGAACGACAAAGGAAAACAAACUUCGUUGAAUGCGGCGUAG